AUCACGAUGCGGAACAAGUGAUUUUGGUCACGGGAUCGCGACUGACCCUAACCCUUUACCACCCGCCGCUCUAUACCCCGAUUCUCAAGGCCUCAUUGUACACACGAGUCACGACCAUCGCCCCACUAGGCGAUCGUUUUCGGGUUCAUGACCAACUCGCUAGAGCUGAAAACUCCUCGCCAAUCGGCUGCGAGGGAUGAAUCAAGCCGCCAGCCGGCCGAAAUGGAGCUAACGGCCGAAAUGGAGCACACCGAUGGCACGCGCCAGAUCCCUUGUGAAAUCCUCGCUGCAGUAUUCCUCGCCUCACUUCCAUACGAUGAAUACCCCACCCCCGAAUCCCAGGUAGCUCCCCUGGUGCUCAUGCGUGUUUGCCGCCGUUGGAGACGCGUGGUAGCCUCGAGCUGUCGUCUCUGGACUUCGCUUCACAUCGCUGCGCCCUCCGUCUCCCACGCGUCAAGUCAAGAGGGACAGUCUGGACUUCUCUCGAUAGUUGACAGGUGGCUCGCACGGUCUGGGAGCUUGCUUCCCCUCUCCAUCUCACUUGUCUCCGACUCGUUCUCGGUACUCGAGAAGCAACUGCUCUGCGCCAUUCUCCCUUACGCUGGUCGCUGGCAACGGCUAAGGAUCCGCCUGCCGUGGUCGGCACUGGAAGAAAGCUUGCUCUAUCUGGCUGCAGCCGGAGUGCCAAAGCUCGAAUCGGUCGACCUCGACCUGACUUUUCCCAUGGAAGACAUUGAGGACCUCUCUUUCCUCUCCUUUCUGUCUGGUCGUAAUGUACGCGCAUUGAAGCUUGUAGCUACAAACUCCUUGCCCCGCUGGCCUGUCCUCUGGGCCAACCUGGUGCAUCUAGAGCUGGCCCAGGUGGAUACCAGCCCCGCCCUGGCCAUCCUGCGCAGCUGCUCAUCGCUCGUCCAUCUGAAGCUGCUCAAUCUGGAGCACAGCCGGACCUCGGCCCCCGUCUGCCCUCUCCCCCUCCUCCGCGAUCUGUGCAUCAAAAGCGGGGUGGGGAUCGCCUUAGAUUCGUUCUACCGCACCAUCGACGCGCCUGUGCUCGAGAAGUUUGCGUUUGAGCCCGGCGGCCCCAGCUUCGGCAGCGCGUUUCCAUUCAUCCCUCUUCUCGUCAACGCAGGUACCCAUCUCCGUUUUCUUGCGUUGAAGGUGUUCCCCGGGAGAGUUUUUUGGUACCUCGACUGCCUGAGACGGCUGCCGAGUCUGCGUGAUCUGAUCCUGGACGGGGUGCCUAGCGAUAUGGCCAAACUAAUACCCGGGAGCUUUGAGAAACCGGUCAUAGCGUUUUGGCGGGCUUUCAUUGUUGGUGGCAUUGAUCAGGAGGACCUCUUGCCCCAGCUGGAGAACCUGGAGUUGAGAGUCAGUGAGACAGCUCUUCUCUCGGAUAACUUGUUAUCCUCCAUUAUCUCCUCCCGGACUCAGCAAGGAACGCGAACCAAGCUCAAGAGUCUGAAGGCGCGAAUGGACCGGAACAAGGAGCGCGAUUUGGAGCAUACGUUCUCUGGUGUUCUCGACCUCUCUUUGAGUUACUCGAAUGUUGUGUACUCGGAAAGCUACGGAACGGGGAGGGCGACCACUUGUUAUGCUACGGGAUCUGCGGCAUUACCACCUAGCGAUAACCCUCAGUAGCGCAGUACACAUCGCUAUUUCAGAGUAAAUACCAAACAAAUUUCUUGUGAUUGCACCAAAA